AAUUCAAGUAUAUUUAUCUUGCAUGUGUGUGUGUGCGUGCGUUUAUCUUUCAGAGACAAUUUAUUUAGUAUAAAGUGCAUUUGCGCAUCAAUAGGAUUAUUCUAUUUAACGCAUCGUUACUUUCUUUCCAAUAUAUGGUAUACAAUGGAAAACACAUAUAACUUUUUUUUCAGUACUUUACUUUUACAUACUACUAUGGUUAGUCCUGAUCCACCUAAGUCUGAUGAGGUAUUUAACUUUGACCAAUGCGAAUUAUUACUCGAAAUCUUUCAUACAAUUUAUAUGGAAAAUCUUGCAUUAAUUCGACUUGCUUGUUUACCACACUAUAAUCUUAAAAUGAGCCUAAAUGGUACAACCAAUACUUUAGAAGAUGAAUGAGACAUUACCUUUGUAUUAUUUACACGUUGAUCAUUGAGAAAAAUAAAGUCAUUCUUUUUAUAUGAUUAAUACAAAUUAUUAUUAA